CUGAAAGGCUUUACAAGUGCGGGUCAUUUAGCAUUCAUAUGGGUGUGUGAGUGGGAGUGUGUAGAAUACCUGAACAGGGUGUGUGUGUGUUUUAGUUUACUUUGUUUCUGCAUUUUUACGUGUUACUCAACUCUGUUGGCAUCAAGUCUCAUGUGGAGAUGAUUUUUUUUACACCAGUACCAAGUUCCUCAUACUCCAUCCCUAAAAUGAUAAACCAACAAUUAUCUGCUUUACUACACAUUGUUCGUUGUUCCAGUUGAUGAAGGUCCUGGAGAGACGUGUCUUGGCCCAGCUGAGCAUGUCUCAGGAGCCCCUGCAGUUUUCCUACCAGCCCUACGAUGCCGUCGUUUACCUGCUGCAAGGAGCCCUUUUGCAUCUGCAUGGUGGGGGAGGCAAUGCGAGGAUCCCAUUCUUUGAUUUCUCCAGUGCCUUCAACACUAUUCAGCCUUUGCUGCUGGGUGGGAAGCUGCGGGUGUUGGUGAUGCAUGGAUCUCCUGGAUUACUGACUACUUGACAGGCAGACCGCAGGUUUUCCUGCUGGCAAACAUCCUGUCUGAUGUGGUCAGUGAUGUAGGAGCUCCGCAGGGAACUGUGCUUACACCUUUCCUCUUCACCUUACGCACUACACCCGCAGAAGCUUUCUGAUGACUCGGCUGUUGUGGAGCGUACAAGAGAGGGAGAGGAGGAUGAGUACAGAGCACUGGUGGAGUGGUCUGAACAGAACCACCUGAGGCUGAAUGUCAGUAAUACCAGAGAGAUGGUGGUGGACUUCAGGAAGAAGAGGACGCCUUCACAGCCACUACAGAUCAGGGGGAAGGCUGUGGAUGAAGUGGAAAACUACAAGUACCUGGGUGUUUUGAUAGACAACAGACUGGGCUUCUAACACAGAGGCUGUGUACAAGAAAGGAUUGAGCAGACUAUUUCUUGAGGAAGCUGAGAUCCUUCAAUGUGUGCAGGAAGAUGUUGAUCUUUUACCAGUCUGUUGUUGCCAGCACCAUCUUCUUUGCUGUCGUAUGUUGGGGCAGCAGCACCAGAGCCAGCGACACUAACAGACUUUAUAAGACCAUUAAGAAGGCUGGCUCUGGACUUGGUCUCAGACUGGACUGCUUGGAGACGAGGAUGAUGGACAAUGACCAGCACCCCCUCCAUCACACAGAUCGAUCUUUCUCCACCUCUCCCCUUUAUGGCUCUUCCCAACAUCUGUGGUCAACCUGAGUCCUGGAGGUCCAGUGGACCUUCUACUUUUGGACCUCUGCUCUUUCUCUAGAAAUCCAUAGACAGCUCUGGUGCUUGCUUUUGCUGGUCCAGGAUCAGUGUAGUGUGGUUCCUGUCAUCCAGCUGAGGCUGAACAGUCUGACCCCUGCCCAUUAAGUAAGGAUUAAUAGACGCUUUAAGGGAGCUAACGACUAAGUUUACAACACAUCAGAAAGUCAUGCAGGUGUGCAGGACUGUAGUUUAGACAGACGGAAUCACUUGUCAGGAGAAAUUGAGCGUUUUUAUUCUGAGUCAGCCAUGCUGCGCUGGUGAACGACACACCCUCUCCCAGUUUCUACAUUUUUUUGCUUCCUGUCUGUUAAACUCUUACAGAUGCACGGAAACACUUUUGUAAUCCCUGUGAUUUCUACAUUAUCAGCACGAUAUGAAAGAUUAUUUCUUCCAUUAAGUCAAGUCAAGUAUUCUUUAUUCCGGACUCUUAGUCCAAUCACACAGAAGUUGAGCUUAAUCUAGUUUAGAAAUAGACUAAAGCUACACCUGAUGUUGGUUCUGUUUUCAUUGUUAAGUGACGGAUGAACAACACAAGUUCCUCACCCGCGUCUGACUCCUAAUAUGUUGGGCAGGUUCUCAGCGUGUUCGCUCAGGUUUUCUUUAGAAAGUUUUUCACACAUUUUUGGAGCUGUGCUGCAGUAUCGGCAUCUCUCGAGUGUUUGGAUGAAAAUUUGCUUAAAGUUCCUCACACUUAUUUUUGCAUUGUGGCGACGAUUCUUCGGAGCUGUAGCUCCUAGGCUUUGGAACGAUCUACCCCAGGGGUGUCAAACUCAUUUUAGCUCAGGGGCCACAUUGAGGGAAAUCUAGUCCCAAGUGGGCCGGACCGGUAAAUUAAAAACAACUUCAGAUUGUUUUCUUUGUUUUAAUACAAUCAAUAUAAAACAAGGCAGGAGCCUGAGGACAGUGUAGUACAAGUACAACACCUGAAGUGAACUUGAAAAUUUGAAGAAAAAAAAUCAAUAAAUUAAAAAAACAUUACUUAGUGAUUCAAAGAGCAUCACAUGGCUAGAUCAGUUUCAUGCAGCACUUAAAGUAUAUUUGACUCAUUUUACUUUACAUCGUUUAGCUUUCACUAGCACAUCAAUAUCAGAAGUCACAUCCUGAGUGGCGGCCAACUUCAGGAUGUGAUUCAAGUUCUUGUGUGGGCCUUAAGCGCAGCUUUGUUUUAUUUAUACUCAUUACAGAGAAAAUUUGCUCACAAAGAUACGUUUAUUUUCACUACAUUGUAAAGUAUGAAAAUAAAGUUUACACAACCAUCUCGCGGGCCGGAUUUAACCCACUUGCGGGCCGGAUCCGGCCCGCGGGCCGCAUAUUUGACACCCCUGAUCUACCCCCUUCCACUUUCCGCUUAAUUGAUUCUGUCGACAACUUCUAGAGCGACCUUAAGACUGAUUUAUUUGUUCAGGCAUUCAACUAGUUAUUUGUAGGUAGUUCUGAUUUCUGUGUGUGUCUUGGCCUCUUAAACUCUGUUUUAUUCUCUGUUUUUAUUGUUUGUUUUAUAUUCACUAUGUUGUUUACUUUGUGUUUCGCCUGUGAAAAGUGCCAUACAAGAUUACUUCUCUUCUCCUGCUGCCAACAUGAAAAUGAUAAAGUGUCAAACUGCUCAGUUUGACGUACAUCAGUGUUUCCAUAGCAACACCUCAGUCACCUCUUCUCUUUACUGAGCCAGGGACAGCUGGACAUCAACACUUUCAGCAUUCAGAGUGGACGCACCCAGAGAACGUCUCCAUAUGACUGGACCCAUCAUGUGCUGCACAGGAAGCUGCCCCGCUGCAUUCCUGUCUUCAGAGAGACGCCCAGGUCCCUGGAGGCCCGGCCCGGCCCGGCCCGGCCCGGCCUGGCUUGCCUGAGCUGUCCACUCAGCACAAACCAGACUCCAUGUUUGAUUUAGACUUCAUUAAGGCUGGGGGGCCUCCCAUUAAGGGGACUGUGCAACAGCCUUUGACCCACUGGAUGGUUCCAGUGUUGACUGUAAGCACACAUGGUGUCAGUGUGUGGAGCGUGCAUAGGGAGGUGGUGUCAGGGAGAGGAUGAAUGAGAACAAACACAAACUUCAAAUCGUAGAAGGAAGAGGAACAGGUGAAGAAAAUGCUGCUGAGUUGAACUGGCAGCAGGUUGGCUAAAUUAAAUAAUGUGGGAUUUAGCAUUUUGCUGAUUUUGCAGAAAUCUCAAGUCAAAUUCAUUGAAUUAUUCCUGCUUAAUUUUGACUUGCACAAAUUUAAAAAAGAUGUAAAAAUACAACAAAAUAAAAUGAAUUUUUUGAUCCUGCAGAAGUCUCUUAUCCUCCAGAAACCGUGCACCUGUCCCCUGCUGUCAGCAGAGGGGGAGGAGGAGGGAGGCCGAAGGGAGAACACGAAGAACCGGUCAGUCCGGCGAGUUAGACAUCUGGGCGUUGACUCCUGUUAUUCUGUCUGGGAGGAGCUGCCUGUCUAAAGCACCUGUGCUGGCUGGAGUGUGUGUUUUAGUGUGUGUGAGCCACAGGGUGAGGAAGACGGAGACGAAGAAGGAGUAAGACCGAGAGGUUAAAGUUUUUGUGGAGUUCUCUCUGCUUGACCACCUCCAAGAUGUCAAAGGCAAAGAAAGACAGCUCGAGCAAGCUCAGCAAGUCUCAAGCAAGCAGCUUGGCCCAGCUUGUCUCCCAGAUGCAAAAGAAUGCAGACACCGUGGAGAAAGACAUCCUCGUGGCCGAGAAGAUGCUGGCUGUGGACAACGAAAACGAGAAGAAGCAGCUGCCCUUUCAGCACCAAGAGGAGCUGAAGAUUAAACUGGGAGAGGCUGAGGACCUGCUGAAGGAUCUCUUCCUGGACGUUGACAAAGCCAAGAAGUUCAAACACCCCCAAGCCAAAGAGAUUGAGAGCGAUGUCAUCCACCUCCAUGACCGCUGGCUGAAGGACUGCUCCUUCUACAGAGACAUCUACGAGCAGAUUGACGACGUGCAGCUGCUGCCCAGAAUCAACUGGGAGCCUGUUUUCAGUCAGAAGCAGAAAGAUGUAAACAAAGAGGAAUUUGGACCCACCAUGGCCGACCUGGAGAAGCAGAUUGCUGCUCAUAACGUCUUGCACCAAGAGCUGGAAGCCUACAACUCACAGCUCUGUGUCAGCUCUGCAGGCAACAAGGAAAAAUACCUGGCCCUGAAGAAACAAUACAACAACCUGCUGGAAAACUCCAAGUGGCGCCGGCACUACCUGAGCAGCCUGUAUGAGUACAUGCAGGGAUGCAACAAGCAGCUGCUCUUCCUGGAGAAGGAACAGGCGAAGAUCAAGAAGCAGGACUGGAGCGACCAAAUGAUGGACCCACCCGACGUUCGCAGGCAGUACGAGAAUUUCAAGAACAACAACCUUUUGACCCACGAGAGCGAAGUGAAUAGACUGCAGGAAGAAGCGGACAGGCUGGUUGAGCUGAAGCACCCUGCCAGUGACACCAUACAGGCCCAAGCAGAUGCUGUCAGAACCGAGUGGCAGAAGUUCCUCAACCUCUGCAUCUGUCAAGAGGCACAUCUGGACAGUGUGGAGGAAUACAAUAGGUAUGAAAUGGACACUGAGAAGCUGUCAGGGACACUGACACAACUCAGCAGAACCCUGGACCCGAAGUCCGUCAACAAAAAGAGCAUCUCAGAGGUUCUGCUGCAGCUCGAGGAGGAGGAGAGCACCGUGCUGAGCUGUGAAGAGCAGAGGGCCGACCUGAGGAGGAGGAGCACCACCAUCGCACCGCUGAAGCUGCGGCGCACCCCCUCCAACAGGCCUGUCACCAUAGAGGCCCUGUGUGACUGGACAACACCCAAGGCUUCCCUGUCCAGAGGGGAUAGAUACACCUUGAAAUCCAAUUAUAACACAGAGAACUGGGAGGUUGUCUCCCCUAAAGGAGUAACGCAAACCCUCCCGGGAGUUUGCUUCCAGAUUCCACCGCCUGACCCGGAGGCCAUUGAUAAAGUUGACCUCCUGGGCAGCGAACUGGCGGACAUCAUAAAGAGAAGAGCAGCUCUGGCAACAUCUCUGAAGAAUAACAAAGCAAAUCUUUCCAAAUCCCAACAGUCAGUUCCACUUUCCACUGCACCUCUGGACUCCAAAGCCAGAGCCCUGACUCAGCAGCUGGAUCAGCUGGACAAUGACCUGGCCCAGGCCGAGGAGCGCAUGCUGAACCAGCUGCGAGCCCCACUGAGCCGCACCGACCCCACCGGAGAUCUGGCCAAGAGGCUGAAGGAGCAGGAGCAAGUUGCCAAGGAGCUGAAAGCUCUGGAGCAGCAGAAGCAGGCAGCACAGGCCAACCUGAAGCCUUUGAUGUCCAAAGAUGCAAACGGUACCUCCUCAGGACUGCCCCUCAAACUCAGCGCUGCCAACAAUAAGUACGACAACUUGGCAGCUAUGGCUGAUCUUUGCAAUAAAAAGGCAAAAUCUUCUCUCAACCUGGAGAAUCAAAUUGAGAAAGUGGAUGGUCUUGUCUCUGGAUUUGAGAGGGACCUCAGUAACGAUGGCCCAAUUCCAGAUCUACCAGAUGCAAUUGAAUCCCAGCUACAGGACAUUCAGAGGCAGCAGAAGUCUGUGGCAGCAGCUCAGGAAGACAUGAGGAAGCUGAAGCAGGACUUGGAGACCACCGAGCAACUGUGCAAGUCUCUGGAGCAGGGCUACCAGGAGUACUGUCCUGACAUCCAGCACCAGAGGAAAGAUGUCAAGCAGCUGCAGACUCGUUACUCAAAUGUUGUCAACCAGCUAAAGGACAGAGAAAGCCUCUUGCAAGAGGGAGCAGCCAAAAACCAAGAGUUUCAGAGCACAUCCAAAUCUCUGAACUCCUUCCUCGACAAUCUGCCGACGUAUCAGAUAAAUCCCUCAGACGAUCUGGCUGACAUCGCUGCUAAGCAGAGUUCGCAGCAGAGAGUGGUGGAGGACCUGAAGAGGAGAGAAGAUGACGUGUAUAGAGUGUCCGCCCUUUCUCAGGACCUGGAGAGUCUGCUUAAUGCGUACGAGAGCAGCGUAAACAGAUACAACAGCACACUUGAGGAUGCUGGAGCAACUGUUCCUAAGAAGCCUCGAGUGCUCACACUAGCUGACGCUGUCCAGAAAAUGGAUAAAGACUUGUCGAAUCGCUAUGCUGAAACAAAAGCUGAAAACAACCAACGCCAAAAACAGAUGGGCUUGGCCAAGAGUUUACUUUUACAAAAUGAAGAACAAGUCCAGGUGGUGGCACAGCAACAGGUGCAUCUUGAAAACCAGCAAAGGACUGCCUCUGAGAUGGAAUCUCACUUAAAACAGCUAAACGAAGAAAAGGAGAGGAUGGCUCGUACCACAGCUAAUCUCAAAACGUAUAAAGAAAGGAUGAUUUCGCUUAAGAGUCGCAGAGGAGUAGAGCGUGUCGAGGAGAAAGAAGUGCUGCAAUACUAUCGCGAUCCCAAACUGGAAAGUGAUCUGGCUGAUUUUAGGAACAAACUAGAAGAGGAGACCUUAAAGGUGACCUCCGCCCGAUCUGAGUUGGAGAUGAUAACCAAGAAAAUUGCCAUUCUGGAAGAAUCCAUCCAAAACACCCAGCCAAAACUGCUGACUAGAGAGGUGACAGAGUUUGAAAAAGAUCCCCAGCUGGACAUAGAGGCUGCUAAGAUCAGGGAUGAGAUAGCAAGGAUGAGAGAUGAGAUUCGAGUGACAGAAGGAGAGCACAUUCAGAUGAAGACAGAAGUCACGAUUCUCCAUCAGAAGAGGCCUACCAUCAAAGAAAGAGUGGUUAAAAAGGAAGUAGUUAAGGUGGAACAGGAUCCAGCGAUGGUGAAAGCAGUACGAACGUUUGAGACUGAAAUCUUUGAAGAAAGCAACAAGUGCAAGCUCCUCAAUGACCAAAUCUUCCAGACACGAAGUCAGAUUAAUGUACUUGAAAGGCUGAUACCCAACAUCCAGCCCAAGAUUAUCACCAAAGAGGUGAAAAAGAUUGAACAAGACCCAGAUCUUAUCACAGAAUCUGCCAAGGUCAGAACGUUGAUAGAGGAAGAAAGGAUUGGCAAUAACGCCUUGUCCAAGGAACUGAUGGAUCUGCAGGGCCGCUACAGACUAGUUCAAGACUGGAAGCCAAGAGUCGAGGUCAAGGAAAUCGUUAAUGAGCUCUACCAGGUAGACCCAAACACAGAGAGGGAGAUACUGCGCAUUCGCAAAGAACUACAAGAGUCUAAAAAACAACAAACUGAUCUUGAGAAGUUGAUUACAGAAGUCAACACUGAUCUGAACAUCCUUCGUUCUGAGAAGCCCAAAGUGGAACUGAAGGAAGUUCUCCAAGAGGUGAUCAAAGAGGAAAGAAGCCCUGAAAAUGAACGAGAGAUUCAGAGACUGAGUGAUCAAGUGAACUAUUUACACUCCCACUACAGCUCUCUUGAGGAUAAAGUAAGACUGUUCAGAGCAGAGAGAGAUCAGCUGAAGGCUGAAAAGUCCAAGAUAGAAACCAAACUUGUCAACAGAGAAGUAAUCAAGUAUGAGCCCGACCCAUUAUUAGAGAAGGAAGCUGACCGUUUGCGCAGGAACGUGAGAGAAGAAGCACAGCUGAGGCGCAGCAUUGAAGAAAUGGUUUUUGACCUACAGAACAAAUACCUCCUCUUGGAGAGACAGAAACCAGAGGAAAAAGUGGUUGUCCAGGAAGUCGUGCGCCUACAAAAGGACCCGAGGCAAAUGCUGGAGCACGACAGGCUUGGAAGGAGCCUAGAUGAAGAACUUCUCAGUCGGCGUCAGCUGGAACUGGAGUUACAGCAGCUAAGAACAAGAGCAGAGGACAAGGAGAGGAUCAUAAGAGAGAGUGAUGAGCGUCAAAAAAGAAUAAUAGCUGAGUCUGAACUCCGAGACAUUCGCCUGCGCAUCACACAGCUGGAAAAUGCCCCACCUCCUGUUGAGGAAAGUAUCAUUGUUGAAGAAGUACUGAAAGUUGAAAGAGACCCCAAACUGGAGAGGAUUACAAGUAGUCUACGUUCAGACUUGGACAUCGAAACCAGCAAUAUCCUGCGUAUCCAGAGGGACAUCCGUAACAUCACUAUGAAGCUGGAGAUUCUGCAGAAAGAGAAAUCUGGUGAAAAGACGGUGUACAAAGAAGUUGUUCGUGUGGAGAAAGACCAGGCAGUGGAAGCCGAGAGGGACCGACUUAGGGAGCAAGUGUCCCAGAAUAGAUUUGCUAGACAAGACCUGGAGGAUGAACUCAGGCAUCUCAAUGACAAAAUCCACUUUUUGAUGAGCAACAAAACCACCACUUCCAAAGAGGAGACGCUCUUAGUUGCAAAAAGAGAUGGCUUACUGAGAGAGAAGGACGACCUCACUCGAGAAUUUAGAACACUUGAAGUGAAGAAACAUGACAUCAGCCUGUCUUUCAAGCAACAGAGCAGACUGAUAAGUGAAAGAACACAGAUGGGCCGGCAGAGGAGCAUCAAGAUGGAGUCAGAUAUUCAGCGGCUGGAAAGUCUGAUCCUGGAAGAAAAAGACAACAUCCAUCAGCGAGAUAGCACCAUCCGCGAACUUCUGAUUUACCUGCAGAAAGAGGACAUUGCUGAGACAAGAACCAAAGAGACAAAUGUCUCCACCAAGAUCACCAUUUUGGACCCAGAAACAGGAAAAGACAUGUCUCCUUAUGAUGCCUACAUAGGUGGACUCAUUGAUCGUCAGCAAUACAUUCAUCUGGAAGAGCUUGAGUGUGAUUGGGAAGAGGUCACCUCCCUGGGACCGGAUGGGGAGACAUCUGUCCUGCAAGACUGCAAGAGUGGAAAGCAAUACUCUAUCAAAGAUGCGGUGAAAGAAGGAAGGCUGACAGAAUACGACAUAAAGCAGUACAAAGAUGGCAAGAUGCCCAUCUCAGAGUUUGCCCUUCUGGUUGCUGGCGAUGAGAAGAAGCAGCCCAAGUUCAACUCAAUCACAUCAAAGUCCUCGCCAUCUGUGAAUUCAGCUUUAGACAUUUCUUCUGCUACUGAAACGUAUCCAAUUGCUGGGAUAAUGGAUACAAACACAAAUUCCUGCUUUACAAUACGCAGUGCUACCCUGCGCAAACUGAUUGAUCCCAUAACCGCCCAGAGGCUUCUUGAGGCUCAGGCAGCUACAGGCGGCGUUAUUGACAUCAGCAACAAACGAAAACACAAAGUUAACAAAGCAACGUUGAUUGGACUUGUUGACGAAAGUCAAGUCCAGCGGCUGCUCAAUGCAGAGAAGGCUUUCACUGGAGUGGAAGACCCUGUGAAGAAAGACAUUCUGUCUGUGGGAGAAGCUGUUCAGAAAGGCUGGAUGCCGAAGGACACAGCCAUUCGCUUUAUGGAGGCCCAACACCUGACCGGAGGGCUGGUUGAUCCCAACAGUGGGCGCAGAGUGAGCAUCUUGGAUGCAAUUGGGUCCAAAAUGAUUGACAACACACUACUGAGAGAGCUGCAAAAUGAGUCGCUCUAUGUCAAAGAUAUCACAGACCCAAUCACUAAAGAGAAGAUCAACUACAAACAAGCUCAGGAACGCUGUAAGAACGACCCGGCGUCCGGCUUGCCCAUGCUGCCCGCCUCCUCUAGCAGCAACUCUUUUGCACGAUUUUAGAAAUGUUUACAAAUUGGAGUUUUCUAGUGCCGAGGUUAAAUUGUACUAUGAAAUGUAUGAGCAAAAACAUGAAAUAACUAACUACUUACAUGGUAAUUACAUAGUAAGUUAAAGUGUAUUAAUGUUUCUGAGUUCUUAAACAGUUAUAACCAUGUAACUCGUACUUUUUAUUUUUAUUAAUAAUUUCCAGUAAAUACUGCUUUACACAAAAAUUACACUUUAUUAUAAUUGUACACUUUAAUUACACAAUAAUACACCUGAACUUACUAUGUAAUUACCAUUUAAGUACUUAGUAAUUAGGGGACUGUAAAAGCAAGCGGUACUGAUUAUUUUAUUACAACAUAUUUUUUUGGCUCAGUGUACUACAAAGCCUUUUGUGAAGAAACGAGAGCUGCAGUGGGCAGAUUUGUUCUGUAAGUUAAAAGCAGAGCGUAAAUGCUGUUUCAUCUUUAUUAUUGUCAUUUUUGGGAUAAUGGGGCAAAGUGCAACGCUAAUUGCCAAUUUUGAUUUAAUUCUCUUAUUACUCAAUGUUCACUUUAUACUCUAAACUGUUUGAUACUAUGUUACAUAUCAAUAAAUUUAAAUUAUAACGGCUAAA